CCAUCAUCGGCCACUUCUUCUUCUUCUUCGUCUCCUUCGCGCCCUCGCUGUUUUACCAGUGUUCGCGAAGAUGGCAGAUCGAUCGUCGUCGCUCCCAGACCUCCCCGUACUCCAAUUCGAAGAGAAGAUCGCCGAGACGGUCGAGAAGAACCCGGUGGUGGUGCUCAUCGGCGAGACCGGUUCCGGUAAGAGCACGCAGCUCUCCCAGAUCCUCCGCCGCAGGGGCUACACCAAAUCCGGCAUCGUCGGGGUCACCCAGCCCCGCCGCGUCGCCGCCGUCUCCGUCGCCAGACGGGUGGCGCAAGAGCUUGGGGUCAAGCUUGGGGAGGAAGUGGGUUAUGCCAUCCGGUUUGAGGAUAGGACUUCGAAGAGGACAAGAAUCAAAUACCUUACUGAUGGUGUACUUCUUCGCGAAAGUUUAUCCAACCCAGAGCUCAGUGAAUAUUCAGUUAUAAUAUUGGAUGAAGCCCAUGAAAGGAGUUUAAAUACGGACAUAUUGCUUGGACUGAUGAAGCGCCUAGUCGAGAUCCGCUCAUCCAAUUUGAGGGUUCUGAUAACUUCGGCUACUCUUGAUGGCAAUAAAGUCUCUAAGUUUUUCUCAGAUUGCCCGGUACUAAAUGUUCCUGGAAAGUUAUAUCCAGUGGAAAUAGUAUACAGCAGAGAGCGUCCCACAAGCUAUCUUGAGUCUUCUUUGAGAACGGCCCUCAACAUACAUCUUCGGGAACCAGAAGGUGAUGUCUUGAUAUUCAUGACUGGACAGGAUGAUAUAGAGAAGUUGGUCUCCAAGUUGGAAGAUGAAGUUCGAAGCCUAGAAGAAGGAUCAUGCAUGGAUGCCAUUAUUCUACCCCUUCACGGUUCACUGCCCCCAGAAUCACAGGUUCGAGUGUUUACUCCUCCACCUCCAAACUGUAGGCGAUUUAUCGUUGCUACCAAUAUUGCUGAGACUUCUUUAACUGUUGAUGAAGUUGUGUAUGUUGUUGAUUCUGGUUAUGUGAAACAACGUGGAUACAACCCAUCUACUGGAAUGUAUUCCCUUGAUGUUGUUCAAGUUAGCAAAGUGCAAGCUGACCAGCGUGCUGGACGUGCUGGAAGGACACGUCCUGGGAAGUGCUACCGAUUAUAUCCAUCCAUAGUUUAUCAAGAUGAAUUCCCAGAUGUAACAGUUCCUGAAAUACAGAGAUCUUCUCUUGCUGGCAGUGUUCUUUAUCUGAAGUCGUUGGAUCUUUCUGAUAUCGACAUCCUUAGAUUUGAUUUUCUUGAUCCUCCUUCACAUGGUUCUUUGGAAGAUGCUUUAAAGCAGUUAUACCUUAUUGAUGCAAUUGAUGAAAAUGGAUCAAUUACAAGCAUUGGACAGACAAUGGCCGAACUUCCUUUGGAGCCUUCGCUAUCAAGAACAUUGAUGGAAGCUAAUGAAUAUGGUUGCUUACCCCAGGCUUUGACAAUUGCUGCCAUGUUAUCUGCAGAGACUUCUCUGCUUCCUGGUCGAAGCAAAGGUACCGAAAAGAAGAGAAGACACAGUCCAGAUCUUCCCGAUGGAUCUGGCUUGGGAGAUCACAUUCAAUUGCUGCAAAUUUAUGAGCAGUGGGAUCAAAAUGAUUAUGAUAUUGGUUGGUGCAAGGAAAAUAAUUUACAGGUUCGGGGGAUGCUGUUUGUCAAAGAUGUUCGGAAGCAGUUAUGCCAGAUAAUGCAAAAAACAGCAAAAGGAACUCUAGAUGUACGGACAUCUGAAAGUAGGAAGGAGAGAAGGGAUGAUUAUAGGAACUUGAGGAAGGCUCUAUGCGUUGGUUUUGCAAAUCAGCUUGCAGAAAGAAUGACUCUCCACAACGGAUAUCGUACAAUAGGAUUUAAGUCCCAGCUGGUUCAGGUACAUCCUUCCUCAGUGCUAGGGACAGAUGAACAGGGAAUGUACCCAGAUUUUGUUGUCUACCAUGAGUUGAUAACCACCUCACGCCCUUUCAUGCGUAAUGUAUGUGCAAUAGACAUAAAAUGGGUUGUGCCCAUUUUAAGGAAGCUCGAGAAAGUGAAUGUCAAUAAGCUGAGCGGAGGGUAUAGUCAAAUUGAGGAGGGAAAUGAUGGGAAAAUAGCAUUCUUGCAGAAGGAAGAUGUUAGCCCAACUAAGGUUCUGCCUGCCGAUGAAAGCAGAAUUCAGGCAGCGAGAGAACGUUUUCUUGCCCGGAAAGCCAAAAAAUGAGCUCAUACUAGUUGAACUGAGGUAUGAAUUGAUUUAUAGAAGAAGACAAUUCAGUUGAUUGCUGAGGAACAGUCUGUGAGAUCUGCUGCCAAAGGGAACGUCAAUCACUCAUAUUUCAGUGGCCCAGAGCAAGAUGUCAUCAUGCUUCGUCAAUUUCCCAUUGAGAUCCCGUGUACAAUGAAGGCCAUUCCAUGGACAAGUUGUGAUGGUGAGAGGAACAUGGACACAUUCCAUGGUCUGGGUUUCUCCCGAUAUUUUCAGAUAAAAUAGACCGGGUGGAUGUGGUUCCACAGGAUU